AUUUUUGGAUAGAGAAUGACAUUUAUAAACUGACAAAGGAAUGAGAUCGGAGAAGACAAUCACUACAGUAGUCUAUUUUAAUGCAUUCCUUCUAAACUUAGUGUUGGGUUGGGGUCUAUGAUUGUUUGUUAGCAAUUGUGUGUAGAGACCACAAAACCAUUAACCUAUCUUGAACAUGGGCUUCAUGAUGUUUUCUUUGACUUAGCUUCUUCAUAACACACACACACAGAGAAUGUUUAUUAAUUUAUUUUGUUUGACGUAAAUGCUGAGUUCAUCACUAGGGUAUCUACCUCUGAGGCCUCCCCAUGUUGUCUCUGCCUUGUUCAAGAUUCUAAUUUUACUCGCUCUCUUUGACAUUACCAAAUCAAGAAAACUAAAUACUAUUCCGAAGUGGCAACCACGUUCCCAUUUGCCCUCAUUUCAUGGCUAGUUUAGUACAGCUUUACCAUUCUUCAUGUUCCAAGAUUUCUACAACACUCUUAGAGGUAACUUCACUUUUGAACUACUAACAUUGCAUUCACCUUUCUUCCUAUGUCUUUUUGAGGGAUCUGGGUCUGUUUCAACUGCUGACUUUGGAAUUUGUUGAUCUGAGUUGUUACUAGUUUUGAUUUUAGGGUUUUAUUUAGACUAGUUUUGGCUUGAUUUGAUUCUAAGCAAAAUCUUGCAACUUCAUUAGUUUUUGGGAAGAAGGGGUUUUGCAUUCUUGGAUUUGUGUGCAAAUGAGAGGUUCUUGAGAAAUUCCAAUGUGGUGGAUUUGGGAGGUUUACUGUAUAAUUCUUGAUCAAAAUUGAGAGCUUUACUGAAAAUGGCCUCUCCAAAUUCUCCCUCUUCUUUUUUUCCAUUCCCAACUUUCCCCACAGCUACACCUUCAAAUUCUACUUCUGAUUCACCUCCUGCUCCUCCUCCUGACUCUUCAUCUCCUCCUCCUCCACCACCUGACUCUUCAGCUCCACCUCCUUCUCCACCAGCUCCAGAUUCUCCUCCUCCAUCAGAAUCAAAAUCACCUCCACCGGCAGAAUCUCCUCCACCUCCACCUCCACCUCCUACAGCAGCGGCGCCACCACCUUCGGCGCCUCCUCCAAAGCCGUCAGUGUCACCACCACCACCUUCUCCUAAGGCUCCUCCACCAGCUAAUUCUCCACCUCCAGCUUCAUCUCCACCCCCACCAUCAAAAGAUUCUCCUCCUCCUGCUCCUCCUCCUUCCCCACCUCCUCCCCCUCCAGCAGUUUCACCCUCUCCUCCACCACCAGUGAAAAAUCAACCACCACCCCCUGAUUCUCCACCUCCUGCACCUGUUGCAAAUCCGCCACAAAACUCCCCUCCACCUCCUGCAUUGGCUCCCCCUCCAGCCUCACUGCCAUCUGCCCCUCCACCUAACCUCUUAACAUCUCCACCCCCUUCUAUUUCACCUCCUGCUCCCCCAAAUAAUACUUCUCCAGCUGGAGCUCCCCCUCCAUUACCUGUGACUCGCCUUCCUACAGAGAAGCCCACUGCUAUCCCUAAACCUGCUAUCACUGCAGAUUCAAGUGCCAGAAAUGGUGGGGGAAAUAAGACAGGAAGUGUGGCGGCAAUUGGUGUUGUUGCUGGGUUUUUGGCCCUUAGCUUGGUCAUUGUUGCUGUCUGGUUUACACGUAGGCGAAAGAAAAGAGAGAGUGCAUUUAAUCUCAAUUACCUGGGACCCUCUCCAUUUGCUUCCUCACCAAAUUCAGAUACAUCAUUCCUGAGAUCAAGGUCUCAACAUUCCACUUAUCUAGCUCCAACUGGCUCGCAAAGCAAUUUUAUGUACUCUCCAGACCAUGGGGGUAUUGGAAAUUCAAGAUCAUGGUUCACUUACGAAGAAUUAUCUGAGGCAACAAAUGGUUUUUCUCCUGAUAGUGUUUUGGGUGAAGGAGGGUUUGGAUGUGUUUACAAAGGUGUUCUUAAUGACGGAAGAGAAGUCGCUGUCAAACAGCUGAAAAGUGGAAGUGGACAAGGGGAGCGUGAGUUCAGAGCAGAAGUUGAGAUUAUCAGCCGUGUGCACCAUCGCCAUUUGGUUUCACUUGUUGGUUACUGUAUCUCAGAGCAGCAAAGGUUACUUGUCUACGACUAUGUGCCAAAUGACACGCUUGACUAUCACCUUCAUGGUAAAGGCAUGCAAACUAUGGAUUGGGCUACCCGAGUAAAAGUAGCUGCUGGUGCAGCACGUGGACUUGCUUAUCUGCAUGAAGACUGUCAUCCCCGCAUUAUCCAUAGGGAUAUCAAAACAUCAAACAUUCUCUUGGAUAUCAAUUUUGAGGCACAGGUUGCUGAUUUUGGCCUUGCAAGGUUAGCAGGUGAUGCCAGUAGUACACACGUGACAACUCGUGUGAUGGGAACCUUUGGAUACUUGGCACCAGAGUAUGCAUCUAGUGGAAAAUUAACAGAGAAGUCUGAUGUUUAUUCAUAUGGCGUUGUGCUUUUGGAGCUUAUUACGGGACGGAAACCUGUUGACCAGUCUCAACCCUUAGGUGAUGAAAGCCUGGUUGAAUGGGCUCGACCUUUGCUUGCUCAAGCACUUGAGACUGAAAAUUUUGAAGAUGUAGUAGAUCCUAGGCUUGGAAAGAACUUUGUUGCAGGUGAGAUGUUCCGGAUGAUUGAAGCAGCUGCAGCUUGCGUUCGUCAUUCAGGCUCUAAGAGGCCACGGAUGAGUCAGGUGGUUAGAGCUCUAGAUUCCAUGGAUGAGCUGUCGGAUCUGUCCAAUGGAGUGAAACCUGGACAAAGUGGAAUUUUUGAGUCAAGGGAACAAUCUGCACAGAUAAGAAUGUUUCAAAAGAUGGCAUUUGGAAGUCAAGAGUACAGUUCAGAUUUCUUCAAUUACUCCCAAGGCAGCUAUAAAAGUUGAGUUCUCAAUGGCUCAUUAUCAAAAAAAUUGCCCUUGACAAGUGUUUUUUCACAGAGAGAUCUGACUUGUAAUUAACAUUGUAAAUCACUGUGCUAUUCUUUCUUUUUUCGGUUAGCAUUGAAAUCUGCAUUCUUUUUUUACACUUUUUUGUUGUCUUCACACGACAAACAACUGGUUUUGUAGCAUUCUGAAAUCAACAUUCUAUUCAUACAAUGUAGAUAAAAUGUUAGUCAAGGGUCGUUUGACUGAGUACCAAAUGCAGUUACUACCUUAU